AUGGUCAAAAGCACUCGGCAGCUCACGAUCGUCAUAAAGCUUGGCACUUCCUCCAUCUGCGAUGAAAAGACUCACGAACCCUUAAUUUCCAAUCUUUCGUUACUUGUCGAGACGGUGGUUAAGCUUAGACGGGAGAACCAUAGGGUUAUUUUGGUUUCUUCGGGAGCUAUUGGGAUUGGAUUGCGGAAGUUGAAGUUGGAGAAGAGACCCAAGUUGUUAUCGAAAUGUCAGGCUAUUGCGGCAAUUGGACAGUGCGAAUUGGUUGCAUUAUGGGACAAGCUAUUCUCGCUGUUGGGACAGCCUGUCGCUCAGGUUCUCUUGACGAGGAAUGAUAUCGUCGAUAGACAACAAUACAUAAAUGCAGCUAAUACGUUCAGCGAACUAUUGUCCAUGGGUGUUAUCCCAAUCGUUAACGAAAACGAUACCUUGGCCGUCAGCGAAAUUAAAUUCGGUGAUAAUGAUACCCUCUCUGGGAUUACGGCUGGGAUGGUCAAUGCGGACUAUCUGUUUCUCAUGACGGAUGUUGAUUGUCUUUAUGAUAAGAAUCCAAGAUUGCAUCCUGAUGCGAAACCGAUUAUGGUAGUCGAUGAUGUUUCGUCGCUACGGGCUGAUGUUUCGACGGCCGGCUCUGCAGUUGGUACCGGCGGUAUGGCUACCAAACUCAUUGCUGCAAAGCUCGCGACUUCGGCCGGUGUCACAACCAUUAUCACUCGCAGUUCGGUUCCUAGCAAUAUCUUCCACAUCGUCAACUACUGCCAGUCCAUCAAAUCCCAAUCACAGACGCCAGUUAGAUCUUCGUCACCACCACUACCGCAUACUCGUCACCCUACCGCUACUUCUUCUGAUGACCCGAUUAGCACUGACCUCCUAGCCGCAGCUACAAAGCUAGAAGCGACAAAGCUAAGCCCUUCGCCUUCCUCUACGUCCCUAUCCACGGCUACCGCACAUCACACUGUCACAUUCGUGAAUUCGCCAACCCCCUCUCAACAAACACAGUCCACUUCGACAUUGGUAGGCACUCCCACUAGUGAUAAAACCCCAUUGAAAGUCCCACUUCACACCCGUUUCCUCCCACGUACUAAGGCAGUUCGUGACCGUCACUUCUGGCUUCUUCACGGGUUAAAACCCCAUGGUACCUUGUAUAUCGAUCAAGGCGCUUACAACGCUUUAACCCGAUCAAACCGAGCCGGUCUUCUCCCCGUCGGCGUCGUUUGUGUCCAUGGCGAAUUCCACCAAUUGGAAGCCGUGAGUCUUACAGUACUACGAAAGAUUCCACAACCUCAAGAUGCUGGGGAAAGGUCCCCGAGCCCGACUCUGGAUGAUGGAUCGCCUGUUAGAGGAUACUCUGUUGUGGCGAGGGAUGUGGGAAGGGCUAUUGUGAAUUAUAGUUCGUUGGAGAUACAGAAGAUUAAGGGGAUGAAGAGUAGUGAUAUCAAGCCGGUUUUGGAGUCGGCGGAUACGGAAUAUAUUUCCCAUAGGGAUAAUACUGCUUUCUUUCCGAAAUAUGAGAAUCCGCAGGGUAAUUCUGGGGAUUCUAGCAAGGGGAGUGAAGAUGAAGCGUAA